ACUUCCGGACGCCGCUGUCGCCCCGCCCCCUUCUUUGAAAACAUCAACAGCGCCAAACUGCGGGCUCCUGACGGGACGAAGAUGUCCGCCGGUACCGAGGAGCCGCUCUGGAGGAGAGUCCACUCCGUCACCGGGGUCAUCCCGCGGUCCAGACACGGACACCGAGCCGCGGCCAUCCGGGAGCUCAUCAUCGUGUUCGGCGGCGGGAACGAGGGCAUCGCGGAGGAGCUGCACGUCUACAACAGCGUGUCCAAGCAGUGGUUCCUGCCCGCGGUGCGGGGCGACAUCCCGCCCGGCUGCGCUGCUCACGGCUUCGUGUGCGAAGGGACUCGGAUCCUGGUGUUCGGCGGCAUGGUGGAGUUUGGAAAAUACACCAACAACCUGUAUGAGCUGCAGGCGAGUCGCUGGCUGUGGAAGAAGCUGAAGCCCCGGCCGCCCAGAAACGCCCUGCCGCCCUGCGCCCGCAUCGGACACAGCUUCACCCUGCUGGGCAACAAGUGCUACCUGUUUGGAGGGCUGGCCAACGACAGCGAGGACCCCAACGGCAACGUACCACGGUACAUGGGCGAUUUCUACGAGCUGGAGCUGCAGUCGGUGUCGGGAGCGAGAAGCUGGAGCGUCCCGGACACGAAGGGCGGGGGUCCGUCGCCGCGGGAGUCGCACAGCGCCGUGGCGCACAGCGGCCGCGGCUCGCCCAAACUCUUUGUGUUCGGAGGCAUGCAGGGGCGGCGCCUGGGAGACCUCUGGCAGCUCGACCUCGACACGAUGGUUUGGUCGAUGCCUAAAACCAGCGGUACCCCUCCGCUACCCAGAAGCCUUCACUCCGCCAACGUCAUUGGAAACAAGAUGUUCGUGUUCGGCGGCUGGAUUCCCGUCCCGGAGACGGACAAACCCAACGCCUUAGGAGCCGAGUGGAUCUGCACCAACUCGCUGUACGCGCUCAGCCUCGACACGAUGCGCUGGCAGAGCCACGGCCCCGAGCAGCAGGACGACGUCCAGUCGCAGCUGCAGACUCAGGGCCCGCAGGGCGACGACCCGUACGCCUGCCGGCCCCGAGCCCGCGCCGGGCACUGCGCCGCCGCCGUCGGCUCCAGGCUCUACGUGUGGAGCGGCCGCGACGGCUACCGCAAGAACUGGAACUACCAGGUCUGCUGCAAGGACCUGUGGUACCUGGAGACAGAUCUCCCGGCUGCUCCAGAGGCCGUUCUGCUCAUCAAGUCCACAGUGAGCAUGCUCCACGUGGCGUGGCGCCCCCUGGCGGCAGCAGAGUGCUACAUCCUGCAGAUCCAGCCUGUGUGCCCGCCCUCCUCUGCCAACAACACGACCAACACAAACACCACGGCUGGUACCACCACUGCUGCCGGGCAGCCGGGCGAGAAACACGCCGAGCCUCCAGGAGUUCAGUCGUCUCAGAGCGAAGCCGCUGCUAAGAAACCAGAGAGGAGCUCGGCUCAGGACGUUUCGGCAGAGAAGGAAAUUCCCGUGGGGGCGUCAAACGGCUCGUGUGACACGCAGCCGGAGGCGGCGAGGAGCGACGGGCGCGCAGCUGCUGGACAGGAGGCGUCGCCAGCAGAGGGCGCCGCAGCGCAGCAGCAGCCAGGAGGUGGCCCGAGUGCAGCCGGCGGUCCAGCGGAGGGCGACGCCCGCAGGGAGCAGGAGGACGCCGUGUGGUUUGACGUCGGCGUCUUCAAGGCUCUUUUCUCCGAGGUCACCCACUACUACCUGCCGCCGGACAGCGAGCAGAGCAGCAGCCGGCCCGCCAGCACCAAAGAGCCCUUGCAGCAGAGGAAGCUGCCGUCGGCUCAGGACUUUGCGGGCCGGGCGCGGCGGGAGCUGGCUCCGGGGCAGCGUUACCGUUUCCGGGUGGCCGGGGUGAACUGCUGCGGGCCGGGAGCCUUCAGCCCCGCCAGCGAGUUCAAGACGUGCCAGCCCGGCUUCCCCGGAGCGCCCUCUGCUGUCCGCAUCACCAAGGCCAACGAGUCGGUCCACAUCACGUGGGAGGCUCCGCCCUCCCCGUCGGGCCGGAUUAUGGAAUAUUCCAUGUACAUGGCGGUGAGGAAGAGUCGCUCGGAGCGGCCGGGCCAGAUGUCCUUCAUCCGGAUCUACCGGGGCACCAAGACCUCGUGCUCGGUUAGCUCCGCCCACCUGGACAACGCCCACAUCGACCUGUCCGCCACCAGCCGGCCCGCCGUCGUCUUCCGCAUCGCCGCCAAGAACGAGCAGGGCUACGGGCCGGCCACGCAGAUCCGCUGGAUCCAAGAUUCCAGUAAACAGCGAGCGGCGGCGGCGGCGGCGGCGUCCGGGCCGGACAGCGGCGCCGAGGCCGACCAGGAUGCUGCCGACAGCUCCAGCUGAAGCUCUUGGCCUCGACGCUGCGACAGAAGCCGCUCAGGAUUCUCACUCAGGAAGUCGGCGACGUCCGCCGGUCAAAAUGUUGUACGAUAAUUCCAAGAAAGUUUUGUUAAUUUAUUUUUCUAUGUAUUUAAUUAUUCUCUUGUACAUAAACCACUUGACUAUUUUAGUUAAACCACUGUUUUUUAUGUUAAGAUGUGUUAUAUUUUGACUUGUUGUAUGACCAAAUCACAAGUGUGUGUUUGAGAGUUAAAGCUCUUUAACCAGAGGCUCCUGUCGACGUGGUGGAGGUGCCUUAGUGCUGAAGGUGAUGUUGAAAAUGGUUUUGAGGUUUGAAAACAUCAGAAAAAGUAAAGAUGUUUCAUAUUGGGCUUGUUUUUAUAAUCCUGUAGGCGCUGUAAACUCAUGAGAUUACAAUAAUCCACCCAGUGGAACACUAACAAGCUCAUUUGCUGAAAUAAGAUUAUUCCUAACGUCUGUAUUCCAUCAUAUUCAUGGAAGAGGAAUUGUUCUUGUUAUUUUGUGUUUGGUCACGUUACUGACCGCUUUCUUAGCGUUACAGCAUUAUGAUUAUGAUUUUGGCUUAUUUCCUUACUGCUCUGCAUCUCGCAUGAAUUCACAGAUAUCACAGUGAUCUCAGACCAGAGCCUGUUCGGCUCCAGAAAUUAUUGUAGAAAAAAAAUCCACAGUAUGAUUUUUAGAAAGGAAGAGAUUGUCCCACUUGAAUUUUUUGUUUUAAUUAAUUAUGAGUUUAAAAAAAAAAAAAAAAAAAAAAAAAAAACUAGAGUGCAGAUCUCCACCGGGCCAAUUCUCUGGUGCUCUAAGUGGACUUUAGCGACAAACCACCCCUCUGUUUUUCUCAGCUGGGAAAAGGGAAAAUACAGAGGCACUGCCUGCGUAUCUCCCCUUCAGCAGUGCUUGGACUGAGGAUUGUGCACAAAAACAUAUUAAAGUGACUGACCUGGUAGAAAAGGAGAUUCACUGCACAUACACACACACACACACACACACACACACACACACAUACACGACCAAACACAUUUUCCCCUCCAGGCUAUCGCCUGCUGGAAAUGCCUGGUUUCUGCCUUUAAAAAUGCUUUAUUGAAGGAGGACACUAAGUUUUUUUGUUUGUUUGUUUGUUUUUUGUGUUGGUCACCUUAUCAGUUAGUAGUAAGUAGUGUCAUCCCUGUUGGAUUUCAUUUGAUUUGUGCAAAUUUAAAGGCGAGCAAAUUGACUUCACAAGUCGGUUAAGACAUUUCCUCUGUCUGAUUAAAAGCUGUCGUUGAAAACUUGGACGUUUUUUAUUUUUAUGUUCCUCUCUGAAAUAGGACAGGAUCCUCUGAACUCCAACCCAGAUCAUUAUUUCACCAACAAAAAGCCAGAUUCUGUCGUCUUUCUUCAAGACGACAGUAACAGUGCUGAGGCGAGUGUAGCCGGCAGCUGAAUAUGUGUAUUCUUUUAAAACCACUGAUCGGAUUCAGGUUAUUAGAAAGUGUCCAAAUAUCAUCAGUCAUUUUAAUGAAGCCAGGAAAAACCCAUUUGUUGCUUAAGAAUUCCCACAUUAGUGUCAAAUGAUUACUGAGACCUGUUGGGGAUAAAACAACAACAACAAAUAUAUAAACCCUGCUGGGCUUAU